CGGAACGAGACUUACAUCUGUGAAAACGCGUUUUUGUCAGAAAUCUGGUCUGAUCCCCAGCGAUCAAGCUCAACCCAUCCCUGUGCAGCAGAGAGGCUCAAAACGACGCAAAUCGAUACAAGAAAACCUCAAGUUAGUGCGAAAACGAGGCGUUAGGUGUUUUUCCGAUCGUUGAAAGUGAUUGAUUGUAUUCCUCGAUCGUGUAAACCGCAGGAAAGAUGUCCGAAAAUGGAACAAAUUUGAGGCCUCUUGGCAAGUGACAGAUUCAUCAAUAAGGAAAAUUCCUAGAGAGUGAGAAAAGUUGGAAUUACGUGAGAUGGGAAAAUCUCAAACCAAUACAAACAGAUCCACGUGCUUGUAGAUAGAGAGGAAAACUCGUGAGAAGAAACUUGUUUGUAUAACGUCGGUUGCCCGGAGAGUGAGAGGGAAAAUAUGUUGUGACUAACAGUGCCUUCGGGUGAAGCGUAACAAUUUUGGAGGAAAACUGCUGGUCAGGAAAGAGAGGAGACGAUUAUGAAAAUGGAUCUUUGAAAGUUGCUUCUUGUUGGCAUCUAAAAUAAGUGGCGACAAGAAGAUCGCGUAGUAUUUAUUGAUUAGCGCGGUGAGAGAAGCCGCAAAAUAAAAACAUAUUAGUCAAACGAGCGUGUGUGGGACCGAAAAGUGAAGAUGAAUCGGCAGAGAUCGUCAGUGCGAAGUCGAGGAUCCUCCUCGACAACGACUAGUGAUCCGCGCGAGAAGGUGAAAGAUUGCUGUCGGAAGUUUAUCGCAUUUAUGUGCACCCAAGUCGGUGUCGGCGGGCUGAUUGUGGUGUACGCCUUGGUUGGAGCAGCAAGUUUUAUGUCGAUCGAGACCCAGGAACCGAAUCCAUUGAUCGAGUAUGUGGCAAACUUAAGGCGAAAUUGUGCGGCAGAGCUGUGGGAUGUUACGGAGCAGCAUAACUUAUUCAACAGCUCGAUCUGGCAUUUCGAAGCUGAUUUAGUACUGAAACGAUAUCAGGAUGACUUUGCGGAUGCCAUUCGCAAGGGAUACGAUGGACGAACUCCGGAGGAAGUUUGGAACUUCCCGGCGGCUCUGAUGUUCUGCUUGGCAGUGUUUACCAUGAUUGGCUACGGAAACAUGGUCCCUCGCACAGCUUGGGGUAAGGGAGCUACUGUCAUCUAUGCUACCUUUGGCAUACCGCUGUACAUCCUGUAUUUCAUGAAUAUGGGGAAAGUGCUGGCGUCUACUUUCAAGUGGCUAUAUACAUGGCUCCACGAAUGCAGUCACAACCAAGAUGAUGAGUUGAACAUCGAAGAUGGAAGUGGUGUUCCUCAGCGGAAACGGAUCAUAGUACCAACAACGGCGUGUCUUUGGGUGAUCUCGAUCUACAUAGCCACCGGAACGAUCAUGUUUGCCGAGUGGGAGAAGUGGACCUAUCUGGAUUCUGCCUACUUUUGCGUGACCAGUUUGUGCAAAAUCGGAAUCGGAGAUCUCGUGCCUGGAGCAAACAUUCUCGAUUCUCAGAGCGGAAAACCCACCAAGUUAGUGAUCAAUUUCGUGUACAUGCUGCUUGGAAUGGGCCUGGUCGCCAUGUGUUACAUUCUGAUGCGCGAAGAAGUUCGCAUCAAAAUGCAGGAAAUCAAAGAGGAUACUCGGCUGUGUUUGGAAGAUAUGAGUGGCAAAUUUGCGAAAUGCUUCGGUAGCAGUAAGGAGUCCCAGUACUACGAUUGAUAUUCCAUCAGUAGAACAAACAUUGUUUUGAAUUUGAUCAUUGUAUCUUUUUAAGAAUUUACACGUUUCGACACAUUUUUUUUUGCAUCCAUUUUUGUUUAAAAUUUUAAGACAGAGCCAAUAAAGAUAUCGGAAAUAAAUGAAAUGCCUACCGCAGAGUGCCUGCCUCUGUGAGGUGCGAGAUGAGUUAUGAAUUGUUUAUAUCCGACCAUCCAAGCAAGGGGCGAGAAAUUCUCCCAUCGAUCGACAGCACGCGUAAUUAGCAUUCGUUAAUUUGGACGUUUUGGUAAAUACAAUCAUUCUCUGUGGAUCUGUUGAUUUUUACCAGAGUGCAUGGUAAAGAUAAUUUUACUCUCCGGACGUCUUGAUGGAAAUGUCCGAUGAAAAAAUCUGGCUGACACGGUUGAAAUUAAUUAUCAAACCUCGAGAGUUGCAAAAA